AUUCGAUCCAGACAUUAUUGUUGGUUAUAAUACUCAGCGUUAUUCCUGGAGUUAUUUAGUUGAACGAGCUGCAAAUGCUGGACGAAAUCUUCUUUCUGAGCUGUCUAGAUAUCGAGUUGCUUUAUCAGAUUAUUUUUGUGAUGAACGACAAUUAAUUAUCCGAGAUUUAUUUCCUCGAGGGCGUAUUUUAAUCAAUAUUUGGCGAAUUCUUCGAUCAGAACUUCCUUUAAGCUUUUAUAAUUUGAGAUCGUAUUGCCUUUCCAAUGUGAUUCAUCAUGUACUUGGUCGACGUUUUCCCAUGUAUUCAUUUCAAAUUUUGACUCAGUGGAUCCUUUCUUAUGAUUGCUAUCUAAGUGACCUCUUCAUACGGCAUUUUCUUACACGAACUUGUUUGAAUUUAAGUUUGUUAUGCCAUUUGAAUUUUUUCACGCGAACCGCUGAAAUGGCUCGUGUAUAUGGGAUUCAGUUUAUCGAAGUGCUUUCAAGAGGGUCGCAAUUCAGAGUUGAAUCAAUGCUUCUUCGGCUUGCUCGAAUACAAAAUUUCGUUGCUGCUAGUGUGAGUCCUGCCCAAAGAGAUUCCAUGUGUGCAACAGAAACUUUGCCUUUAACGAUGGAACCGCAGUCGGGUUUAUACAGAGAUCCUGUUAUCGUUUUGGAUUUCCAGUCGCUCUAUCCAUCUAUAAUAAUUGCGUAUAAUUAUUGUUUUACAACUUGCUUGGGCAAGUUUUCAUCCAUCAAAAAUUGUUUUCAAAAUCGAUCCAAUCAAUCUUCUGAAAGAAUUAUUCUUGGUGGUCUGCCUUAUUUUCUUCCCGUUGAUGAACUAAAAUUAAUGCUUACAAGAAAUGAAAUACAUAUUUCACCAGUUGGUGGUAUUUUUUGCAAGAAAUCUGUUCGUAGAGGAUUGCUGCCCAUAAUGUUAGAAGAAGUUCUUAAUACAAGGAUUAUGGUUAAGAAAGCUUGUAAAACUUACUGCAAUGAUAAGUAUCUUUCUCGAAUAUUACACGCUCGUCAACUUAUUUUGAAAUUAAUUUCUAAUGUAACCUAUGGAUAUUCAGCAGCAAAUUGGAGUGGCCGAAUGCCUUGUGUUGAGGUUGCCGACGCAAUUGUUAGCAAGGGUAGGGAAGCUCUUGAAAGGGCCAUAUCUACGGUCAACAAUGGAAAUUAUUGUGGUGCACGUGUUAUUUAUGGUGAUACUGAUAGCAUAUUUGUUCUUUGUCCUGGAGCGACACGAGAAAAAGCUUUUGAGAUUGGAGAGAAAAUUGCUGCUGAUGUAACAAAUUCAAAUCCAACACCUAUAAAAUUGAAACUGGAAAAAAUAAUGCAUCCAUUAAUAUUGGAAACGAAAAAGCGAUAUGUUGGGAUGAGCUUUGAAAAAAGUACAGAUGAAGAAGGUGUCUUUGAUGCCAAAGGUAUCGAAACCGUACGACGCGAUUCUUGUCCUUUUGUUUCCAGGGUGUUGGAAAAAGCAUUGCGGUUAUUGUUUGCCAACAACAUGGGUGCAAUGGUUCGAUAUCUUGAUAUGGAAUUUUCAAAUCUUGACAAAUUGAAUAUAUCAGAUUUUGUUUUCGCACGCGAAUAUCAUCAUCAUUAUUCACCAAAUGCUGUUGUUGCUGCCAAACGUAUCGCUGAGAAGCGAAAAGCUAUUUGUCUUCGAUAUGAACCUGAAGCAGGUGAAAGAGUACCUUAUGUCAUUAUUGCAGGGCCACCUAAAAGUUCAGUAAUAUCAUGUGUUCGUGAAUUGCAGGAUUUUUUAUCAAAUAAACAUUUGCUUCUAAAUUAUGAGUAUUAUAUGCAGAGGCAUAUGUUACCUGCAUUAAAUAGAAUGUUACAACAUGUACCAAUGCGACUUGAAUGGCGAAUGUCGUCAGUGAAUGUGUGUCUCAGUUGUCGAGCUCUGGGUGCAUUUCCAUGGUGCACGCAAUGCAUUCGUCGUCCUGAAGCACUUUUGCCCACUGUUCUUGACUUAUGUCGCGAACAAAGAAAAUCUGCUAUAAUGGAUAGACUUUGUCGACAAUGCAAUGGUACUGACAAUCUUUUUAUCAUUUUAUUGUCAAUAGGACUUCGUUCUGUGGAUAUCGAAUAUUCAAAUUGCAAAAACAUGACUUGCUUAGUAAUGCAAAAACGUGUUAAAAUGAAAAGAUCUCAUUUGGUGGAAGCAGUCUGCCAACACAUUUGUUCGUCUGAAAGUGAAUAUCUUAAGUUUUACGAAAAAUAUCUUUAA